GAGACAGACAGGGAGGGAGUCCAGAGAGAAGUGAGGAAAGACUGAGUUUGAAUUCUGAGAGGGUCGAAUUGAGGAUGGACAUGAAGCAGAGAAGAGACGACGGACAAAAGAGAUAACAUUUUACAGAAAAAAUUAACAAGUCGCUGUCCGGCUGUUUUAUUCUCCAGGUUUGAUUUUCCAGAAGGACUCGUUCUCAGCAGAAGACCUUGAAGACAAACAAAGAAAAGGGAUAUUUUCUGAAUUGUUAAUAUAGACACACAUCUUCUACCUCAGCCUCAGGAUUAUGGUGGUGCGUGCUCCGUCUGGGGAUGUGAAUAAGGAUCAAAAUGCUGAAAUGUAAAAGUUAUCUGUGCUGCCUGUGGUUCCCCUCACUGCUGCUGCUGCUCCGGGACCUGAGCUGUGCAGCUCCCACAGAGGGUCAGACCAUCACAUGUAACAUCUCCGUGUCCGAACCAGAAUCCAGCCUGGACUCUGUAUCACUGACCGUUUACACACCUGGACAGAACUGCUCCUUCACGCUGACAUCUCCAGACGCCGGAGGAGACGGCGAGUGUAGCAGAAGAGGAGACGAGGAGGUGAUAGAGACUAAUGAGAUCGGAGGAAUGGAGCGAGGCGAGGAGGAGGAGGUGAAGGAGGAGACGGGAGCGAACUAUCUGGAAACCAACCAGCUAGGAGUCGAGGGUGGAGGGAGCAAGGAGGCGAGAGAUGUUUUCACCUGCGUGUUGGAUCACCUGGAGCCUGGAACAGCCUACGAGCUGCAGGUCCGGUCCCAGAGAGACGAGGAGACGGCGAACAUCACCCUGCACACCAGUAAGUCCUCAUCCACAGACUCAAGGUCUGGUCCCAGAGCUUUCACCACUGUCUUCAUCCACAUCCUGUCCCUUUUCAGACACUCCCUGCCUCUCUACUCGGCCUCCUCCCCCUGCCAGGGAGUGUCUAUAAAAACCCUGCAGUGUGACAGACGGACACUUUCCACGUCAGUCGGACAGUCAGGCAGACAGACAGACGGCCAAAGAGGACGCACCCCUUUCUUCUCCAAGAACAGGACUCAGAAUCUCUUUUCAGUUCCCUCGGCUGCCUCUAACCUCACCGCCGGCUACAACAACGGCACAAGCUUGUCGUUGUCAUGGAAACAGCCCGAAGGCGACCUGGACGCGCUCGUUGUCACCCUCUCGACCAAUGGGACGAGCCGCUGGGAGGCGACGCUUCCUCCGGACGCCACAGAGGUCGCCGUUGAGCAGCUGACUCCUGGCUCGGCCUAUCAGGUCACAGUGACGUCCAGGAGCGGGAAGCUGACGAACCAAUCAGCAAUCACCAUCAGGACAGCUCCGGCGGCAGCGUCCCUCCUCUCCCUGUCGCCCUCCUCCUCCAGGGGCCUCCUCCUGUCUUGGACGCCGCCUGCUGGCCGCUGGGAGAGCUACAAGCUGUUCCUGUUUGACGGCUCCCAGCAGUUAGUCAGCGCCGCUCCGGACCGAGAGGCAGCCAACUUCAGCUUCCCCGGGACGGGACUAACUCCUGGAAGGCUGUACACAGCUGUGCUGAGGGUGGAGAGUGGAGGACUGACGGCUGAGAGCAGCUGUGAGGGAGCAACAGUCCCGGCCCCGGUGGCGGACCUCCACAUUCGACACUCGGACGAGACCUCCCUCAGCGCCAUGUGGAGCCACGCCCCCUCUGGGUCACGUGACGGCUACUUCCUGACGCUCCGCCACGGAAACGUCACCGUGGAUACCAGGGAGGUGGAGCCAAACAUGAGGGAGUGCACCUUUAAUGUGCUCACACCUGGGAGGCUUUAUACCAUCACCGUGACAACCAGGAGCAGGAACCUGAACACCUCUGUGUCUGUGGACGGGCGGACAGUUCCCAUGGCGAUGCGUGCCUUCAGUCUGAGAAGCUCUGGCGUCAGCAGCCUUCGGGCAUCAUGGGAAAAACCACCAGGAGACGUGGACUCGUACACGCUGACUCUGCUGCAGGACAGUGUUGUUGUUCAGAACUACAGUGUCCCUGUUGGCUCUUCUUCUCUGCUGCUGGCUGGGUUGACCCCCGGCGCCCUCUACAGGCUGCAGGUGGUCACUGUCAGCGGGGGGCUGCAGUCUGACAGCACCGACCUGGAGGGACGCACCACCCCGGCGUCGGUGUCCGAGGUAACCGUCGCAAACGGCGGCAGGUCGGACGCUCUGCAGGUGACUUGGCGCCCAGCAGAGGGCGUGGUGGACAGCUACCUGGUCCGUCUUCAGGACAGGAAUCGAACCAUCCACACUCUGGCCGUGUCCCGCACCUCGCUGCCCGAGUGCACCUUCAGCUCGCUGGUUGCCGGGCGACUGUACUCGGUCGUCAUAGUGACGAGGAGCGGCAGCCUGGAGAACGCCACCACGAUUCAGGCACGAACACAACCGGCGACUGUUCAAAACCCAACAGCUGUUCACUCUGCAAGAGACGACUUCCUCAAGGUGUACUGGCGUCACGCAGCUGGAAAUCUGGACCGUUACGUGGUUCUGAUCCGUUACAACCACAGCACGCUGCAGAACAAGAGCGUCUCCGCCGGAGACAACGAGUGCGUAUUCUCGUCUCUGACGCCGGGGAGACUGUACACCGUCACUGUGGAAACCUGGAGCGGAGACUACGUCAGCAGCGUCUCCACGGACGGACGCACCUUUCCAGCAGCUGUUGGGAAUCUGUCGCUAGGCAACGCAGGAACAGGUGAUCUGACGGUCACCUGGAGCCCCGCCCCCGGAGAUGUGGACCACUAUGAGGUCACUCUGCUCUUCAACGACACUCGAGUUUUCCCUCCGGUUGCGUUGGGCAGCGACGCACGGCGCCACCAGCUGACCUCUCUGACCCCCGGGCGUCUUUAUAAGAUCGUGGUGUCGACGUUCAGCGGACCGAACCAGAGAGCACAGUUCAUCGAGGGACGAACAGUUCCCAGCUCAGUGGGGAACCUCCGCCUGGUUCCUCGGCCGGGCCUGACGGACUCUGCUGCUGGACUAUUGGUCUCCUGGACAUCUGGACACGGAGACCUGGACAUGUACAUCGUCUCCCUGUCCAUCAGGGAUGGCGCCAUCAUUGAGACUCGCCCUGUCCCUAAACACGUCACCUCCCUGGACUUCCUCGAUCUAAUUCCAGGUAACGCCUAUACCUUGACCGUCCAGUCGCUGAGCGGGAACCGGUUCAAUAGGAACACAGCCACUGGCAGGACCGCUCCAGCCAGAGUCACAGCCCUGCAGGCGGAUAACGACCACACCACUCACAGUCUGACCGUGAGCUGGGAACGGCCGGUGGGCGUGUACGAUGGCUACAGCCUGCAGUUAUUGGAUGAGGCUGGUGUCGUUCUGGCCAAUCGGUCGGUUACUGUGGCCAGCCGAAGCGAGCGUCUGGAGGGUCUGACAUCAGGGAAGUGGUACCGUGUGAGGGUGGUGACGCUCAGCGGCGGCGUCCCGUCACUGGAGGCCACAGCAGAGGGACAAACACGUCCGGCAGCAGUCAGCAAUCUAACCGUCACUUCGGCCAACACCUCCUCUCUCUCCUUCUCCUGGCGACCCUCGGACGGCCACGUCGAAAUCUACGACCUGUCGCUUUACAGCGUCACCGAGGCAACAGCCAAUCACAAACAGGACGCGGCAGGGAGCAGGAAGGAGCAUCACCAGACUGCGGGGGAACUGGUGGACCUGCAGAAGGUCAGUCCAGCUGCAGACAGAUGUGUGUUCUCUGGACUACGAGCAGGAAGUCUGUACAGACUGCAGGUGGUGAGCUGGAGCAGAGGAAUGAACAGCGACUCAUCUGUACUGGCCAGAACGGUCCCGUCCACAGUUUCAUCUCUUCAGGUCCAGAGUUCAGGACGGACGGACAGACUGACGGUCAGCUGGCAGCACGGAGAGGGAAGCUGGAACACCUAUCAGGUGGUAUUGUACGAUGUUUCUGGAGCCACUCUGGGAGCACAGACGCUCGGGGCCGAGCACACGAGUCACAUGUUCUCUGGGCUGGUUCCUGGUAGGCUGUACCGCACUGAGGUCAUCACACACAGCGGGGAACUGACCAAUAACAUCUCAGCGUUCGGACGCACCGCUCCAGAGCUGCCCACCCACCUGUCCGUCAAACAAGGCCCGACCAAUGACACGAUAGAGCUGUCGUGGUCUGGCCCCGCCUCCGGGGACUACGACAGCUUCAGCCUGCAGUGGACUCCUCCAGACCACCUGUCAGUCACGCAGACUCACCUGACCAGCCGCAUCCUGGCCGGGAUGUUUCCGGGGCGGCGGUACAACUUCACCGUGGCGACCAUCAGCGGGGGCGGAUCCAGAGGCGGGCCCACAGUCAUAAGCCAGCCAAUCCAGAGGAGCGUCAGGACAAGUAGUGUGACUAAUGGAGACAGGUUUGGCCCUCCGGUCCCGCCCCCCAGCGUACGUGUCAGUGAGAAGUCGUCGAAGGUCACGUCGUCAUCCAUCCUGUUCCGCUUCAACUGCUCCUGGUUCAGCGACGCCAACGGAGCCAUCAGAUACUUCACCGUCGUCGUGGCUGAGUCUGAUGCCAAUGAGAUCCUGCAGCCAGAGCAGCGCCACCCGCUGCCCGCCUACCGCGACUACAUCAGCAACUCCUCUGUCAGAGCGUAUCAGACCGCCUACUUCCCCAGCCGCUGCCCGCAGGACGCCGACUCCUCCGCCGGACAGGUGGUGGAGGUGAACCUCGGGGCCGGAGGGGACCGGCUGGGCGGGGGCUGUGAUCGUUACCAUGACGACGACCUCUACCUGAGCGACAGCUACGGCGGCUUCUGUGACGGGCCGCUGAAAGCCAAAACCUCCUACAGGCUGAGUGUGCGAGCGUUCACCAGACUGUUUGAUGAAAACCACAGAGAGUUUCCUCAGCCGCUCUUCACCGACACUUACCUGUCCUCACCGCUCAGGACGCACGCAGAGCCUUUAGGGGGCGUGGUGGAGGGUUUGAGUGCCGGGAUGUUCCUGAUCGGUAUGAUGGUGGCCAUCAUCUCGCUGCUGGUCUACAGACAGAGGCUACGCAAAGUGGCUGUGCAGGAGAACCCAGUGGUGAGGAUGAGUAUGUGGAAGGAGGUUCCAGCUUCAGGAUUAUAUAUGGGUGUCAGGAGCAAUCGUCGGGUGACCAGUCCGAUCAAAGCCUGCCACUUUGAGUCCCAUCUGAACAAACUGCAGGCCGACUCCAACUACCUGCUGUCUGAGGAGUUUGAGGAUCUGAAGGAUGUGGGCCGCAACCAGACGAUGGACGUCGCCCGACUGCCAGAGAACCGAGGAAAGAACCGCUACAACAACAUCCUGCCAUAUGAUUCUACCAGAGUGAAGAUGUCGUACCUGGAGGACGACCCCUGCUCCGACUACAUCAACGCCAGCUACGUACCAGGUAACAACUACCGCAGGGAGUACAUCGCCACCCAGGGCCCGCUGCCUGGCACCAAGGAUGAUUUCUGGCGAAUGGUGUGGGAGCACGGCGUCUACAACGUCGUCAUGGUGACACAGUGUGUGGAGAAGGGACGGGUGAAGUGUGAUCAGUACUGGCCUGCAGACAGAGAACCUCUGUACUACGGUGACCUGGUCAUUCAGAUGCUGUCAGAGUCCGUCCUGCCCGAGUGGACCAUCAGAGAGUUCAAGAUCACCUCGGAGAGCAGCCGCGCUUACCCUCGGGUGCUGCGUCACUUCCACUACACUGUGUGGCCCGAUCAUGGCGUCCCAGAGAGCACCCAGUCCCUGAUCCAGUUUGUGAGGACGGUCCGGGACUACGUGGACCGAUCACCCAGCACCGGAGCCACCGUCAUACACUGCAGUGCUGGUGUUGGUCGUACAGGGACGUUCAUGGCCUUGGAUCGGGUUCUGCAGCAGCUGGACUCUAAAGGAACCGUAGACCUGUACGGCUGUGUGUUCGACCUCCGCCUGCACCGCCAGCACAUGGUCCAGACUGAGUGCCAGUAUGCCUUUCUGCACCAGUGUGUACGGGACGUCCUGAGAGCCAGGAAACAUCGCAGUGAACAGGAGAAUCCUCUCUACCCCAUCUAUGAAAACUUCAACCCCGAGUACUGCCGCGAUUUCAUCUACAACGGACGCUGAACAGACGAUCAACAGAGGAGAGACUUUACUGCGUUAAUUAUUCAAACUAUGUGAGAUAACACAAUGUUUGAUACUCAGAAAAAACAAAGAAGAAUGUAUAAAAAGCACGUAUCAGACAUUCUUGACUUAUGUUAGACGUCCAUAAACUCAAUAAAAACAAACUGAAGCAUUAAACUUUUUAAUUAAAACUUUAUAUGUUUGCUGGAAUUACAGGCAAACUUUUUAAAUUAGAUAAUUAAUAUAUUCUUAAAUUUGUGACUUUUUAAACUCAAACACAGAAUUUGGACUCAGAUAAAUUUGAACAUAUUUCCAUUAAUUAAUGUGGUUAAUGAUUUUAUUAAGUGUUGAAGGGAAACACGGGUUGAUCUCAGGUCAUUGGUGGUUAUUAAAGACGCGUGUUAAAAUCUGAUGUUAGCUAGCGGUGAUAGCUAUCAUCAAUAAAACGGACUGAUCACAGGGAAGGAAAGAGCCAUCUAUUUUUUCUAUUAUACCUACGUUCUCACUCACUGCUCUAUAUAAGCUGUUUAUUUAAAAAGUUACACAUAUUGCUGUAUGUAAAUAUUGAUGUAAUACUCUUUUUUUAAUGAUUAUGAACAUAUACUGUAUGUCAACUAUUUUUAUCCUGUGUAAUAUUGAGAUAUUUGUAGCUGUAAGUGAUUAUAAGCUGCUGUAUUCAGACUUUACCUGUAACUUCUGCUUUUAAAUUGUUUAUUUCUAAUAUGAGAAACACGCUAAAAGUCACAUUAUUUCAUAAAUUUGGUGAUAAAAUGUUUAAAACUUAAAACAUUUAAGAGAAAAGUCUGAAUACAAGGCAGGAACGCCCCAUAUUUUAUUUUUAAAACUGAAAUUUGUGACUUUAAAAGAAAAUAAAUCAAAUUUUGUUAAGUUUGAAAAGUUCACAUUUGCAAUUUGAACAUUAUUAAAUAUUAUAAAUAUUUGAUAAACCCUCUUUUCUUUCUGUUUGACUCGACUGCUGGAGGAUUUUCAGGGUUUUUAAAUGUGUUGUAUUGAUUUAUUUCUAAGGACAUAAUGAUCAUUGGUUUUUAAUCACUGAAAGGAAAACAGGGCUGGGCAAUUAAUCAAUAUUAUUGAAUUAUUAUAAUGUCAUCAUAUGAUAUAUUAUAGCUUGUUUUGUUUGUACUUAACAGAAUUAGUUAUUAAAAGGUUGAUUAUUAUAUGUAUGAUUAGACAUAUCUGUCACAUUGUGAUAUAUAUUCAUAAAGAAUACAGAAAUAUAUUUUAUUGAUAUUAUAUCACCCGGCCCUUCGAGAAUGUAAAGCACUUUUUAUAACUUGCUGUCAGAUAAACUGGAUUAUUAAACGCUAAUUAAAACCAGCUGCCAGAUAUA